UAAAUUUGCAUUACCGUAAGCUCGUUCUAGAAGUAUUUCGUUUUACAAAAUGAGCUGACGUUUACGAUAAAUUACUUACAAAACAAAUUGCAAAAACGAAUGCCACCUCCGAGUGUAUCUUAAAAACCUACAUACAAAUCUUAACUUUCUACCAUCGUACACGCAGAUCCGACGAGUAAUUACGACCACCUUAAUAUGACGAAAAUACUUAUUACAUUAGCAGUUUUAUCGACGUUAUUGUACGUCGCACAGGGCGUAUCGCCCUCAGAAUCUUGUCCAGUAUCGAACCAAAUGACCAUAUGCACCCCCAUAUGUAAGGACGACACGCAAUGUUUUGGUCAAAAAUGUUGCCCAAACAUAUGUAACACAAAAUCGUGCACGUCCGCAAAUCAAAGAGGUUCGCAAUCGAAAUAUUCGGGAUCUUCGUCUGGCGGAUCAUACGGCAGUAGUUCUGGAGGUGCUGGAAGUUAUUGUGGAAAUGUAAAGUGCAAUUCGUUCCAAAAAUGUAAAAUGGACCCCGCUACGAAACGCGACAAAUGCGUAUAAAGAUAAAGAAACAUUUUUCAUAUCAAGGCAUAUUUUGAAUUACUUUGUGGUAGGCACUUUUUUCAUUAUUGAUUAGGCACCUGUCUGGAAAUUUAAGUUUUGGGUACCUACCAUACGUUAGCGUGACAUUUUAUAAUUACUUUAACUGUUUUGUCGUGGGGGUACCUGCAAUUAUGUUUUUGCGGUUGUUCUCUUUUUUGUUCUGUUAUUCUGAAAACUAUUAAACAAAUACGAUUAUUUA